UUUUAUUUACAUUGCUCGUUGCAGGCUCGUUGUGUUCGGUAUCGUCGAUAUCGCAAUUCCCAUUUUCAAUAAACGCUGGGAAUAAUUUAGUUCCCGGUUUUACUCACCUUUAAUCCGGUAAGUUAGUGCUCCGAGCAAUGGUCAAGACAGCUAGUGAAAACACGGACGGCGAGAGCUAUAUUUGCGUGCCGGGCCAACGUCUUUGCGCGGUCUCAGAGUACACAGUGGGUGGUGAAGGAACGUACGAAAAAUUGGGUUACUUGCACGCCAGCCUCUCCGGGGUGGUCAAAAUCCGGAAGCGACACAAGAAUAACUACAUUUCUGUAGCAUCGUUCGGAAGUAAAACGGUGGUUCCCGUGGUGGGGGAUGUCGUAACGGCAAAGAUCACAGUUAUCAAUCAACGAUUUGCCAAAUGCGUUAUCAUCUGUAUUGGUAAAACCUGCCUGAACAGGCCUUACAGAGGAAUCUUACGGAAAGAGGAUGUACGAGCUACGGAAAAGGAUCGCGUUGAAAUGUACAAAUGCUUCCGACCGGGGGACAUCAUAUUAGCUCGAGUCCUUCCGCUGGUCGAACUCAAUACCUACCAUUUGACGACGGCCGAAAACGAACUUGGCGUGGCAGUUGCCAUGUCGAACAAGAGCUCUGACCCUACGCCCAUGGUUCCGGUCGGUUGGACGGAGAUGCAAUGCCCGGUUACGUUGAUUAAGGAGCCUCGCAAAGUGGCGAAAAUUGUGCCCGAAACGGCACCACCAAACUAUGACGGAAAAUUGUAACAGCAGGACGUAAUAAAUAUCGUCGAGAUGUUUAACAUUA